GAUCUGCCGCGUCGAGGCGAGCCUGCGACUCACACCCAGUCCGCCAUGGCCCGGCUGCUUGGGGCGUCCUGCCUUCUGUCCCUGCUCCUGGCUGGCUUCAUCCCUCCCAGCCGGGGACAAGACAAGUCGAAGACAGACUGCCAUGGUGGCAUGAGCGGCACCAUCUACGAUUAUGGAGCCCUCACCAUCGAUGGGGAGGAGUACAUCCCCUUUAAGCAGUACGCUGGCAAAUACGUCCUCUUUGUCAACGUGGCCACCUACUGAGGUUUGACGGGCCAAUAUGUGGAACUGAAUGCACUACAAGAGGAGUUUGCACCAUUUGGUCUGGUCAUUCUGGGCUUCCCCUGCAACCAAUUUGGAAAACAGGAACCAGGAACUAACUCAGAGAUCCUACCUGCUCUCAAGCAUGUCCGGCCAGGUGGGGGCUUCGUCCCCAACUUCCAGCUCUUUGAGAAAGGGGAUGUGAAUGGUGACAAAGAGCAGAAGGUCUACACUUUCCUGAAGAACUCCUGUCCCCCCACCUCGGAGCUCCUGGGCUCACAUAGCAGCCUCUUCUGGGACCCCAUGAAGAACCAUGACAUCCGCUGGAACUUCGAGAAGUUCCUGGUGGGGCCAGAUGGUGUACCCAUCAUGCGCUGGCACCACCGGACCACGAUCAGCAAUGUCAAGAUGGACAUCCUGACUUACAUGAGGCGACAGGCAGCCUUGGGGGUCAGGGGGAAGUAACCGACAGCUGCCCCACUCCCUUCCACCCUGCCAAGACUGGGGGCUCUGUUCAGGAAGGAAUCCACAUUUCUAAUCAUACCACAUACCCACCACAGCCCCAUCUCCUACUACCAAGACCCCAGCCUGACAUGCAUACACUUGAUACAUUUGUGUGUGUGUGUGUGUGCAUGUGCGUGUGUGUCUCCCUGGAGGGACAUCCAGCCUGGAAACUACCAGCUGGGUGCUGUGUGGAGAGCUGGAGAUAUCCCCUUCUCUCCGGCUCUUCUGUCCUUGAAGGAAAACCAUUUAUGUGUCCAAUUCUCCUACUGUAACCUGGACCUUGGCCCUGAGGCCUUCACCUCCCAGUGCCUCCAAAUACCAUCCGGCAAAUCUCUGAGUCUACCAGGCGACCCAGCCCACCUCCUCC